UUGGCAGUUCUACACGCCAGAAACACUGCUACACAAAUUGCCUAGAGUUUUCCGUAAACAUGGUGCUCUGCUUCAAACGGAUCUCGAAAUGGAGAGGCAGGUGGUGUCGCCGCCGGGGGAAGAAAAGGGAACGGGACUCACUGCAGCAGACGGAGAACGAAUUGUGGCUGGAGUACUACGGCCCAUAUCUGCACAUCUGGCCAUUUCACGAGCUCUGCGUUCGAUUGGAGACGAAUGUCUCCCAGGGUCUAACCUCGGAGGCAGCGGGCAAAAAGCUGGCCAGGAAUGGCAAGAAUGUUUUGCCACUUGCUGCCAAGCAGGAUUUGCGACUUUGGAAGUUCGUGAAGAACUGCUUCAGCGUCUUGGGCUGCUUCAUACUGCUGAGUUCCAUGGCUUGUUUCACGCUAUACUACUUAAUUGAAAUAAGGAUGUCUGACGAUGAAAAAGUGGAUCCGGAGUACUUGGUAUCGGGCAUCAUUCUGCUGGUCACCUUCAUUCUCGCCGGACUCUUGGUGCAAAUGCAGGAAGAUGACAACGAGGACAUGGUCGUGGCCUUCGAUGAGCUAAUGCCCAUGUAUUGCACUGUAAUAAGAGACGGCGAAAAGGAGGUCAUCCUCACGCAGGACGUGGUGGCCGGUGAUAUCCUGCCCAUCAAGUAUGGACAGCGGCUGCCUGCCGACAUGCGAUUCUUCAGCACCACGGGUCUGGAGCUCAACAAUGUGGCGCUGACAGGACACUCGAAGCCCGUGCACAUCACUCCUUUGGCCAACGAGGGACGACAGAGAUACUCCCGCGUGGAGUACAUUAAGGAUUAAACUGGCUUAGAUUAUUUCUUAUUGUGUACUCUUGUUUUUUCAAAGAUAACAAAACAUUCUGUUCCUUGA